GGGGCUGUCAUGUGACGGUGCGGAGUGUGUUGCAGUCGGUGUGAUCAGAAUAGACGAGCUGUACGGAGACCAUGGAUCGCUAUCUGUGUUAUGUGACGCUGUGCCUGCUGGGCCUCGGACUUCUGGAAACAAAUGCUUUUGAAGUGGAAAUAAAAGACUCCUCCAAUACAACCUGUAUAUAUGCCAACUUGAGAAUUAAUUUCACAGUGGAGUACGAGACCUCUAAUGGCACAUUUAAAAAUGUAUCUUUUGCAGCACCUGACGAGGUCAACACCGAAGGCAGCAGCUGUGGACAAAGUGAUGUGGCCCCGUUACUGAAUGUCCACUUUGGCAAUGGAAACUUGUGGAGUCUGAACUUCACAAAAAAUGACAAUGAGUACAGAGGCAGUGUCCUCAGCUUCACAUACAACGCUAGUGACUCUGUGUUGUUUCCAGAUGCAAAGGAGAAAGGUCUGGUGAUAUCUACUACAAACACAAGUUUCUUUGUUCCCGUCCCUCUGAAUUCAUCAUAUAAAUGUUUACAUGAUGACACUGUGACGACGCCGCAUGUUGUUCAGGUAUAUUGGAAUGUCACACUGAAGGCCUAUAUAGAUGAUUCCGCUAUAGGCAAAGAUUUUACUUGCAGUGCUGACCUACCUUCUACAACACAAUCGCCAACUACGCACAGUACAACUAUACCAAGCACAACAACGACCCCACAGCCAACCACCAAACCUGUAGACAAACCCUCUGUUGGCAACUAUACUGUUUUAAAUGGUACAGAGACAUGUUUGCUGGCUUCCAUGGGUCUGCAGCUCAAUGCUUCACUGCUGGUUGAAGGAAAGAAUGUUUGGACUGCACUUAACAUUGAUCCUAUCAACACCAACAGUUCCGGAACCUGCGGAAAUGAGACUGCUCUAUUGAGACUGACUAACGGCACCACAGUUGUAGAAUUUCUCUUUUUCAUCAAAGAAAAGAACUUCCACCUUCAAGAAGUUAACGUGACCCUGUUCAAUGGUUCAGACUUUUCUUCUAAAACCAAUUUGAAUCUGAGUUUAUGGGAAGCAUCAUUGGGUAACUCUUACCUGUGUCGCAAGGAGCAGCUUAUCACCGUCUCGGAAGACCUCUACAUUAAUACGUUUGACGUGAGAGUCCAGCCUUUCAAUCUGAAGAAUGGGACAUUUGGCACAGCUUCUGAAUGUCACCUCGACGACGACUCCAUUUUAAUUCCAAUCAUAGUUGGUGCUGCACUUUCAGGCUUAAUUGUCAUUAUUGUGAUUGCUUACCUAAUUGGCAGAAGAAAAACCUAUGCCGGAUAUCAAACAAUUUAAUUGCCCCCUCCUCAGGCCUGAUUUGCACUUUUCUCUUUUUUGAAGUAGGUGCAAGUUCUGAACUAUAAUCUACAUACAUGCAUCUUCCUCUAAUUUACCUUGGCAGCCUGGACCCCCUUGUAGAACCCCAACUACUAGUAUGGAGCUACAAGUCUCUCUGUGUGCUGGGCCUUGUGAACAUGACUCUGCUUUGGUAUUCCUCAACAGCUGGGAAGCUGCAGGUUUAUUUUUUUCCUGCACGUACUCACUAUUUAACGACUUAUAAUGCUGCUAAAUCUGCAAAGAGAAGGGAAUUUUCUAGUGCAUCAAUGUAUUUCAGACCAUGUUGUUCAGUCUUGCAUCUACUUCUCUACCAUUCCACAUGUUGAGCUAUAUUAAAAAAAAUAUCUGCUCCAGCACUGAAAUCACUCAAAGAUUUUCAGUUGUAUUUAAGCACUGCAUUAUCUUCUCCUGCUGUUUUGUUGCGCUGAAUAAUGCGACUGUAAAAACAGCUGCCUAGGAGACAGAAGUACACUGCCGUGGCUCGCAGUAGGCAGAGCCCUGCUUGCCCCAGCCAGUGUUUGUGCCCUGGUCAUGUUAGCCUUGUGUUAUGUGUCUGCGAAAUGCACUGUUCACAGGACAGAAGACCAUUACACUCCCAAAUUAACGCUUUUAAAUAUUUCCCUUAGACUGUGAGUUUCAGGGCAGAAAAAUAGCAUGUAUUGAACACAUAAUAAAGGUAGCUAUGAUUUCUUGGUCCCAUCGUUUGUUACCCUUUAAGGCAAUACUUUCAUAGCAGUCUGGCAGUUUCCAGGCUUCUAAUUUCUCUAGUGUUAUUAGCUUAUGAUUGUGGUUUUCUUAAGGAUCUGUGCAUUAUUUUCCUUUAUUUAAUGAUAUAAAGCCCAAUGGUGUGCAGUAGCCCAUAGCAACCAACCAUUAGUCUUGCUGCAUGACAUUUUGGAUUGGCUGCUAAUGUUUACAGUACCUGCAGCAUGCUAUUACAGAAGUCUCUUCUCUUACAAGCUGUGUACAAUACCUUGUAUUGUAAUAUUUCAAUAUUGACCCGGAUUGUACUGAUGUGUAGAUUUCUAUUGAUUGUGUGUUCUCUUAAACCAAAUCUGUAGAUGUGGAGAAAGAACACAUGGUAGAGUCCUUCACUUGAAAGCCAUCAUAAUUUGGGGAGAUUUAUUAACACACUACAAACAAUCUUAAAAAUAUUUUUUAAAAAGCCUUUAAUUUGCCAUUUUAAUUUUUAAGGCUAACUAAAGACCCAUGUGUUAACAGCAUAAGCUAUAUAAAUAAUAAAGCUUGAUGACCGCACAGCUGUAAAACUUGCUGACUGUUGAGUUGUCUCUUGAUAUUUCAGCCCCUCGAAACUGUUGUCAGGGUACAGUUGAUGGGUCUUCUUCCGAUCCUGUUUUCUGUAACUGGUCGUUUGGGCUUAAAAUCCAAACAAACAGGAGGAGAGUUUGCUGAAUGGCAAUGAUUAUCAAGGUGGAGCAUACAGAAGGGUGGUAAAGGAAAGGUGCAUUUUUAUAUAACAAAGGUUAUAAUAACAGCUAAUAGAAAAAGGAAGGAUGUUCUAAAUCUUUUUGUUUUUAUAGAGUUGUCUCCCAGAUGUGCACCUAAAGUAAACUUGAAAUGGUAUACCUGUGCAUGCCUCAAACGAAAAGGCCUCACUGGUGAUUUAUGGCCAUCCCUUCUCUUCACUCCUUUGUCAUUCUCCCUUGGUAUACUACUCCCUUCCCUCUCCUUCUGAGAAUGACCGGUGUGAUGGCAACCGUGGAAAGUCCUUGUGGGUUUUCACCAGCCUAAUUGUUAAAGUAGUCUAUUAAUUCUUUUUAAACCUACAAAGACGGGCAAAUGGCCACUGGCUAACUUCUACCGAGGGUCAAAUCUAUGUCACAGGUUAGAAAAUCUGCCCAUCCUGAAUUCGUACUGGAGGGUGGACGGAUUGUCAGACACUGUGAAGCCGGUCAAUUAACAUUUGCUUGAAAUCCUUUUUUGUUUUGAUGUGAAAGGUUAUAACUUGCGUUUUAUAAAUUUGCAAUUAUCCUGCCACCACCACCAUUAUUGCAUCUUGAAUAUUUUAGCAAUAUUUGAUUACUUGAAGUUGCUAACACCAAAAAAUAAAAAGCCCUUGAUUUUUGUGUUCUGCAAUGGUAUUCGACAUCUAAUUUUUUUUUCUCUCUAUCUAGAAUUUUUGUAUGUUUUUCUGUUUUUGGUCUGAUUAAAGUAAUUCAAUUUAUGAAUACAAUUCUAACCAAACUUCAAUAAAAUUGAGUGGAAACACUUG